UCGCCGCCGCUCCGGUCCUCCGUGGCACGCGCGAGUCUUCGCCGCCUGCCCUUCGGCGUUGGUGACGCUCGUCAAAAUGAGUACGAUGUUCGCGGACACCAUCCUGAUCGUCUUCAUCUCCGUGUGCACGGCGCUGCUAGCCGAAGGAAUCACGUGGGUGCUGGUGUACCGCACGGACAAGUACAAGCGGCUCAAGGCGGAGGUGGAAAAGCAAAGCAAGAAACUGGAGAAGCAAAAGGAAACCAUCACAGAAUCCGCAGGACGUCAGCAGAAGAAGAAGAUCGAAAGACAAGAGGAGAAGCUCAAGAACAACAACAGAGACUUGUCCAUGGUGCGCAUGAAGUCCAUGUUUGCCAUCGGCUUCUGUUUCACCGCUUUGAUGGGCAUGUUCAACUCCAUUUUUGACGGCCGCGUGGUGGCCAAGCUGCCCUUCGUGCCGCUGUCCUACAUCCAGGGCUUGUCGCACCGCAACCUGCUGGGCGAAGACUACACCGACUGCUCCUUCAUCUUCCUCUACAUUCUCUGCACCAUGUCCAUCCGACAGAACAUCCAGAAGAUGUUGGGCCUGGCUCCCUCCAGGGCGGCCACUAAGCAGGCGGGGGGCUUCCUGGGGCCCCCGCCCCAAGCCGCCAAGUUCUCCUGAAUGCCUCCGAAGGUCACGACAACACCG